CAUGCCUUCGCUUUCUAAGAGGUGACCUUACAGAAUAUUCAUCGAUAAUUUAAAAAUUAUUUUAUUCAAGGACAUUUUAUGUGACUCAGUGAAUGCUGCAUUGUUUGGGUUCUUAUUUAUUUCGCUCUUACGGUAUGUUAGCGUAGCUACACACGUCAGGACCGGUUAGUUUUAUUGCCAGAUCUUACAUUAUUCAGUGGUUUAUCUAGGAAUAAAUAGGGAAUAAUGGCGGAGGCGCAGCAAGCACGAGUUCAGCACGCUGUGGAGGAGAUGGUGCAGAGCCUGGAGCGGGACCACAUCCGGAAAAUGCAGGGUCGGAUGUUCAGGUGCAGCGCAGAAUGCUGCGAGCAUACGACGGACUCUAUGAGUAAGGUUCACGAGUGUAUAGAGCGCUGUCACACACCUCUGGCUAAAGCGCAGGGACUGGUUACUAAUGAGCUGGAAAAGUUUCAGGAUCGUCUCAUGCGAUGCACUAUGAACUGCAACGAUAAAGCCAAAGACCUGUUCGACUCGGGGGCGAAGGAGCCUGCGGUGCGCGCUCUGAUGGAGAAGUGUGUGGGCAGCUGUGUGGACGAUCAUCUCAGCCUGCUGCCCAGUAUGACACGCCGCCUCAAGGAGAACCUCGAUUCUAUACCACAGUGAGCGGCCAGCUUUUAAACACCGGAUAUUCGGUGACGAAUACAGUAUGUGAAGGAUCAGUCACAGAAAGCUCGAGCUUCACGGUGGACAUCACUUCUUCAUCACCGUUACUGUACUGUGACUCGUCAGCAUCAGCGUGUUGUGAUCCGUGUCUGCCUCGACCGCUCGUUUUUGUACGGACAAUAAAACAGUUACAGUGAAACGAAA